ACUUGACUGUUUUAGUGGACAUGUGACUUGCUGUAAACUCACAGCCAUCACAACAGCAUUUUUCAUGCGUUUUAGAGCCUACCAAAACUGUGAAGGAUAAAUGAAUAGUUUUAUUUGUACUGACAAACUAACUAUCAUUCAUGGCAACCGUUAUCUACCAUCCAUCUUUCCUUCCUUCCAUCCAUCCAUCCAUUUUCUGUACCCACUUUUUUAUUUCAGAUUUAUGGGGCAGCUUGAAAAAUUUCUUAAUAUUUGCUCAUACUAGGAAAAAACCCACAUUAUCUAUUGCAACUGUGUAUUUGUACGGGUCUGAAAUAACAAAAAAGCAAUUUGGCCAGUAAGCAUUCGCAAUAAGAGCCAUUUCAGCCAUCAGACUGAGAUAAUCAGCUGCACCUUGACAUCAUUUCUUUAUAUUCAUGAUCAGGUGUCUGUUGCUGCUCUGCACAGGCACAGGUGCAGUAAAAGUUUAUGCCAAAAAAGAUUCACAUUUGAUCUGAGGUCAGGACCACAGACACAGAGCGAGAGCGUGGGCCUGCAUUGCCAGCUUUAGUCACGUUUCUCUUUUAGUGGGAAAGUUUCACCAAGUGUGUCUGUAGAUCAGAUUAAGUGAAAUAAAUUUGCGUUAUGGACUUCAUUUAGCUUGAGGGACUGCUACAUUUCAAGAUAACAAGAAUGAGUGAAUUAAAUUUAUACUAUCCACUGUAUUCUGGAGGGAUUUUAUGAAUUUAGCAUUUUCAUUUACUUAGCAGACACUAUUAUUUAAAGUGACAUACUGAGAAAUCAGAGUCAGACAGUUCCUGUAAUAAUAUGGGUUAGCGGGCUCGCUCAGGGGCCCAUCGGUGACAUCAUUCUGCCAAGUCUGGGAACUGAACCACCGACAUUCCGAUCACAAGCAUAAAAUCCUUACCCACGGAGAAAAUAAGCCUGAGUGAACUAAAUGUAUGUACAGAUGUUAAUAAACCUAUAAACAACCGUGUAUAAAUGAUAAUAAAGCGGAAGGGCAGGUAUCCAUUUAGUCGAUGUGUUUGUUACGUAACCGUUGCUGUUUUUGCAUGCUGAUACUUUUUCCGAUAGUGUUUCACCGUAUACGUGGAUCAGGGUCGAGAGAGCUCAUGUUUUCCGAUGAUACAGAUGUGUCCCUCCACGCUUGGCCUCCCCACCGUGAACGAGUUAUGAAGCCCCGCCGUUCAGUCGAGUGAAACCGAGCAGCUGCAGCUGCCAUCCACGUUAAAACAAAUAAAAAAUGUUACCCAAAUCAAGCUGCCUUCUAGCACCAGAGAAAAACAUACAUUUCAAUGAACUUCAAUUUUGAUCGUCAUGUUGUGUGAAUUUCAUCAAACUCGCCGCAUAUGUAGUGCUGUGCAUUACGUGGGCCAUCAAAGAAAUGUUUAAAGCUAUUAAGUGCUCAGAAAUAACACAAUUUUACAUUAGAAUAUAUGCAAAUGAAUAGUAUCACAAUAAAAAGUUUUCAAAAAGUUAGUCUUGAUGGAUGCCUAGAAGACCACAUGUAAUUCCAUGUUUUCAUUAAAUUUCACUACCAGCUCAAUUCCGUAACUUAAUUAGCUAAGUUACUUGAUGCGCCAACAUCAUGCAGCAUCAACUAACACGAUAAUUAGCCACACUUGGUAUUCUAAAAAUCAACAAAAACAUCGGUGUAUUGAAUGGUAACUGCAAAUACUGGAGCGACCUGUGGAGAACAGGCAAAUUAAGAAACGUUGACAUGCAAAAUUAUAGUUUUACAAGAAAAUGAAGAUAAUUUAAACAUACCGUAUUGGCCCGAAUAUAAGACGACCAACCACUUUUUGGCAACUGUUUUUAGAAAAAAAAGUUUUUGGAAUACCAAUCUUACGUUUAUGAAGAAAAAUCAUUUUAAUUGGCAAGAACAUAAACUAUCGUGCUGGUUAACCAGCAACCAUAUUUUAAAAAGCAACCAAAGGCAAACGGAUUAUAAUAAAUCUAUUAAACAGCAAACAUAAAAAACAAACAAAAAAAUGUAUUAUAGGGGAAGGUGGGGGGCGAUAGAUAAUGAAUAUUACAAACUCCACAACCUUUGAGGGCGUAGAAUGUUUUCUAUGCAGGAGACACAUAUGAUGCGGAUCGAAAAAGCAUAUUGCGGAGAAAGGUUGAGCCAUAUUAAUAAAUAUGACAGCUCCUUUAAAAUGAACGUUACUAUUUUUAUUAACAGGCAGUUUAAUACUAGCUGCGGCACAGCCAAGUAAGCCAACAAUUCACAUGAUACUCAGGGAUAUACGCUAAACACACGCAUUGCCGGAGCUGCCAACUCUCACGCAUCUGGCGAGCCUGUCACGCUCACUCAUGGGCGUCCUUAGGUCCGAUCCGUCGAUUGGGGCUGUAACCCUGAAUAUUACAAGCCGAGCCCACACUAUUUUAAUCCCGAUGCCAAUCUUCCUUCAAAAAAAGUCAGUCCCCAGGUUAACUUGACUUAAACCCAUAUCUUUUCAAUGAACUAGAAACUCCACCUGCGCUCACGCAAGAAAUCUUGCAGGAAAUCUUUCCCUUUUUGUCUAGACCCCGAAUAUAAGACAACACCACUUUUUCAGACGUCAGGAAAAAAAAACUUGUCUUAUGUUUGGAUCAAGACGGUAAAUUUCUUUAGCCUAAAACCUAUAACAGUACUGAGUAUAUUUAAGUAAAGAGGGUAAUUGUCCACGACGGCAGUAUGUGCAGUAAAAGAAUGUUAUCACACAAUGGAGAAAUACUAUGGUUUACUCUCAAUCACUGUGAUAUUUUCACUUGUUUCAUUCAAAAGUUUUGUUCAGUUUGUGUGUUUAUUCCUAGCUUUUAUGUUAAACUCUUAAAGCAUAUCAAAUACAGGGACGUACGUUCAGGGGAGGCAGAGAUUCACCUGUCAUCAUGAAGAGUAGAAAAAAACGAAUAAUGAUAACAUCAAAUAAUUUUUUUCCACUGGUCUGUGGUAUAAAUUUGUUUUCUUUUUCAUUCCAAUAAUUUUGACCGCUGAAUUUCCGCAUUUCCUGUUCAAAUACAGGGGAGAAACGCGAGGUACGGCAGCGACGAGCCUCACCUCACCUCACCUCAGACUGCGCUAUCCCUCACAGACUGGGCUGAUGCAUACAAUUGGCACAUGCCUGUUGCUGUCUCUCUGUUUGUCGCCAAUAUAAUGUUUGCAGAUACGUUUAUUAUACACCCUGAUUUUCCACAGUCUGGCUGAUAUGUUUAAUUAACGUGUGUAAUUAACGUUUAGUCUUGCUGAUCGGUCAAAGAACCGCAGUGAAAUUGCACAAGGUGAGGCAGACAGUACCGUGCCGCACUGAAGGGGGCGGAUGCGAGCCCAACAGGUGCUUGUUGCUGCUGUUCUUCGACGCGGAGGCUCUAAGCGCCAAUAACUUCGUGAUCAAAUCAGAAAGUGACGUGCACUAUAGCGGUCCGUUUGUUUUUAUUUUUUCUGUUCUGACUGACUGCCAAAAUGGAAGAUUAUAUAACUAUGCUUAAAAAUUCUCAAAACUGGACUUUCAGUCAAAACAGGAAGUGAUAAAUCACAGAAGCUCAACGACGGAGCUAAAAGAUCUGACUUCGAAGGAGUCGGUGCCUCACCAACCAUCAACCUCACUGCACGUCACUGAUCGAAUAUUACCCUAAAUCUGUCGUAGGUGUCCAGGGAGACAUUUGGCUUUUGUUUCAUUCUGGUUAAAGGACAGGGCCAUGGUCGACAGGGUGACCACGCUGCCGUAUUUCUACGGUAACAUCACGCGGGAGGAGGCGGAGCAGUACCUGGCGCAGGGCGGCAUGGCGGAUGGGCUGUACCUGCUGCGCCAGAGCAGGAGCUAUCUGGGCGGCUACGCCCUCUCCGUGUCCUACAGCCACCAGUUCUACCACUACACCAUCGAGCGGGAGCUCAACGACAUGUUCGCCAUCUCCGGGGGUCGGUCGCACCGCACUCCCAUCGACCUCAUCGACUAUCACUCACAGGAGACGGACGGCCUGGUAUGCCUGCUGAAGAAGCCCCAAAGCCGGCCGAGGGGUAUGGAGCCCAAGGUGGGGCUCUUCGAGGACCUGAAGGAGCAGCUGAUCCGGGAGUACGUCAAGCAGAUGUGGAACCUGCAGGGUAACGCCUUAGAGCAGGCCAUCAUCAGCCAGAGACCACAGCUGGAGAAGCUAAUCGCCACCACGGCCCAUGAGAAGAUGCCUUGGUUCCACGGAAGCAUCUCCAGGGAGAACUCGGAGAUGCUUCUGCACAGGGGAAACCGUGUCAAUGGCAGAUACCUAAUUCGACAACGAGACAACAGAGGUUCCUAUGCACUCGGUCUGCUGCACAACGGUCAGGUCAUGCACUAUCGCAUUGACAAGGACAAGGCUGGCAAACUCUCAAUUCCUGAUGGGAAAAAAUUUGACACACUCUGGCAGCUGGUUGAGCAUUACUCCUACAAACCAGAUGGGCUGCUUCGGGUCCUCAGUGAGCCCUGCGCACAGGCCAACGGCGAAGCAGGUGGUAUAAUUAUAGGCUGCCCUCCUGUUCCCCAGAAUCACCCAUUGAAAGGUGCCACAGGUGGGAUUCUCUCCAGAAUCAAAUCCUACUCCUUCCCAAAACCUGGCAGCAAAAAGACAGAUAAACUUCAUAGCUCCAAGACCACUGAUAACAUCAACAUCUACAAGGAUAAAACAGUAGUUACUUCUCCAGUAACAGGCACAGAUGCCAUGCCCAUGGAUACCGAGGUGUAUGAGAGUCCCUACGCGGACCCCGACGAGUUGAGAACAUCGACUAUCAGCCGCUCACAGCUGAUCCUAGAGGAUGGGGAGCUGGGCUCAGGGAACUUCGGCACGGUCAUGAGGGGCAUCUACAAAAUGCAAAAGUCAGAGAAGACGGUGGCGGUGAAGAUCCUGAAGAACGAUGAGAACAACCUUUCCGUGCGGGAGGAGAUGCUGCAGGAGGCCAGCGUCAUGCAGCAGCUAGACAACCCCUACAUCGUCCGCAUGAUCGGCAUCUGCGAGGCAGAGAACCUGAUGUUGGUCAUGGAGUUGGCUAACCUUGGUCCCCUCAACAAGUUCUUGCCCAAAAACAGGCAUCUCAGUGUGAAGAACAUCACAGAGCUGGUACAUCAGGUCUCCAUGGGCAUGAAGUACCUGGAGGAGCAUAACUUCGUUCACAGGGACCUCGCGGCCAGGAACGUGCUGUUAGUCACCCAGCACUACGCUAAGAUCAGCGACUUUGGGCUGUCAAAAGCUCUGGCAGACGAGAACAAUUAUUACAAGGCAAAAACCCAUGGGAAGUGGCCAGUCAAAUGGUACGCUCCAGAGUGCAUGAACUAUUUUAGGUUUUCCUGCAAGAGUGAUGUGUGGAGCUUUGGAGUCCUGAUGUGGGAGACCUACUCCUAUGGCCAAAAACCAUACAAGGGCAUGAAAGGUACCGAGGUCCUGCAGAUGAUCGAGACUGGGGAGCGUAUGGCGGCCCCAGCCAACUGCCCCCCGGAGGUGUACGAGCUCAUGAAGUCAUGCUGGACAUACAAGCCAGAUGAGAGGCCUGGAUUUAACGUCGUUGAACCAAGACUAAGGAAUUACUACUAUGAGAUUUCACAAAUCUAAUGUGGUUUUGGGCACUGGCUGUCCCAUGGGAAUACUUUAGCAUUGUAUAAUGGAAUGAAUGAAAUUAAACAGAAUCAUAGGUCUGCAUACAUGUCUUUUUACAAUUGCUAGAUUUCAUUAAGGUUUUCGUAUAGAUAUUGGACAUCUCUGAUUGCAGCACGAGUAAUAUUCAAUAUUACAUAUCUGAAAUAUGAAGGUUUCUUCUAAAAUUUUGGCCUUUAUGUCCUCAUUCCAGCAUGAUAAAAAGAGGAAUUAGCAGAAUUCAUGGUUUAAUUCUAUUAUCCUUUGUUUUAUAAAUGUUCCUCAAUAUUUUGAUGCUUUUAUUUUUAACAGCAGAAAACCAGCUAGUCUUAAUUAUAUUUUUACUAGGUUCUGUUAAUAGUAAAUGUAUAGAUAUUAAUGUGCAUAAAUUUGUUUUGGGAUUUACCGGUAUUUUACAAGCUCCAAAAUAUACUCGAAUUCAGCUGCAUAUUGAUUACGGUGACUGACAUGCCACAACAGAAGCCAGCACAAGGGACAAACUGGAGCCAGACCCAGACAGAACACCUGGUCAAAUGCAAGCAACCCACACAAAUCUCACAGUGCUUUUUCCGUAAUGUAUUUCACAUUCAAAUCAAUUGCCUUGGUUUUUCUAUCAAAUACAUUUAGUUGUUUUAACAUUUAAUUAUAAACAAAUUUUUUAUUUUCCACAUAUGCUAAACAACUGCAUAUUCCAUACCAAUAAAAAAAGGAUUUUAAGAACCAAAGACAAUAGCAAUGAAAAAAAUGAAAAAAGUACUCGUACUUUCGAACAAUAAAAUGUUCUUAUAGAGUGCAAGUCUUUUCCAUUGAUAUCACUUGAUAAUGGCGUGAACUGAUAAUACAUUAGAAGGAUUUUCGUCUUGAAUUGGAAAAACGUAUGACUUGUGCUUACUAUAUGGUAAUAAAUUAUUUUUAAACAGUU